UCCAUCAUCAAUUGGGCUACAUUAAUUUCCUUGUCUAAUACAAAAGCUGUGCAAAAUAUAAAAAAAAUGUUUAAAUAUUUGACAAUUUGCCUUCUUGCGCUUGUCGCCAUGGCCACAGCGAAACCACAAUGGUUAAUAUCACAUCCUUAUGCCGCUUCCGUAGCUGUUGCCGCACCAUCGGCGGCUUUGUCAGUACCCUCGUAUGUUGAACCUUACUAUGCCUCAUAUUCUACUGUCCCGUGGUGGUCUUCAUAUGCCGCUUAUCCAUAUGCUGGCUUCUAUUGGUGAAGAAUAAACUACCUACGAAAAUAUUUUUAAUUUAUACAUACAUAUGUAUGUAUAAUGCAAAAUAUACAUACAAACGUACAAUGCAAU